GUGGGUUCACAGAGAAGACUGUGCUCUGGAGAGUCAUCUUGUCUCAGGAGGCUCAGACAAUCGACUCAUCCUCUGGGAGGCUUCAAAAUGACGAGUUUAGGCAGUCAGUGGAGUGUAAGGGCCACACUGGUCCACUUUGUGCUGUGGAUGCCAUCUAUGUGGAGGGCUCAAAGAUUCUGGUGGCCUCCUCAGCAUCGGACUCCACAGUCAGACUGUGGCUCUGCAAUGAAAACAAAGAAGUGGAGUGCCUCCAUAUCAUGUCAUUUGGCAGCGGUUUCAUGAUGGAUGUCUCUCUGGCACUGUUGCCAGGCAGCAGAGUUCCCAUACUGGCCUGCGGGGGUGAUGACUCUCGGGUGCAUCUGUAUGUGCAGUCCAGCGGACAGCUCCAGAAAGCUAUGUCGCUGCAAGGACAUGAAGACUGGGUCCGUGGAGUGGCAUGGGCAUCUAUAGGUGGGGAACUGUUAUUAGCCAGCUGUUCACAGGACUGUCUCAUCAGAGUGUGGAGGCUGUGUGCCAAGUCUGGGACAGACACCCACACAGAGGACGAUCACACCAUCAUCAAAAUGAAAGAGGACGUUUUUGAAGUGAAGGAGAGAGAUGUAUCUGCAGUGUUUGCUGUGUCUCUUGAGACGGUCCUUGCAGGACAUGAGAACUGGGUCACUGGAGUCCACUGGCAGCCUCCUUUCUACAAAGGUGGCGAGCUACAACAGCCUCUCAGACUGCUCUCUGCUUCCAUGGACAAAACCAUGAUCCUCUGGGCUCCUGAGGAGGGAUCUGGAGUCUGGGUGGAGCAGGUGCGUGUAGGGGAGGUUGGUGGCAACACUCUGGGUUUCUACGGCUGUCAGAUGAGUCCAGAUGGCUCCAUGAUUGUGGCUCAUGCUUUUCAUGGAGCGCUACAUCUGUGGUGCAGAGAUCAAGACAAAGAGGGAGAGUGGAGACCUGGGGUUGUUAUAUCAGGUCAUUUCAAUGCAGUCCAGGACCUCAGCUGGGAUCCUGAGGGUGAGUUCAUCCUCAGCGUGGGCUCAGACCAGACCACCAGACUCUUCACUCCAUGGAGGAAACAAGACGUAAAACUGGCAACCUGGCAUGAAAUCUCACGGCCACAGAUCCAUGGAUAUGACAUGCAGUGUCUGGCCAUGGUCGGAAGGUUUCAGUUUGUGUCUGGAGCUGAUGAGAAGGUCCUGAGAGUGUUUCAAGCACCUCGUAAUUUUGUGGAGAACUUUGCUAACAUCUCUGGGACGUCAAGAGAGAAGCUGCUGACAUCCAGUGACACUGCCAACCUUCCAGAGGGAGCCAGCACACCUGCCCUGGGUCUGUCCAACAAGGCUGUAUUUCAAGGUGACCUUGCCCCAAAAAACAAUGAAGAAGAGGAGCAGUUCAACAGUGUAUCAGAUCAAUACCAGGAGUCUUACUUCCACCCACUCAACAUGACCGAGCCCCCACCAGAGGAUCAUCUUCUCCAGAACACACUCUGGCCUGAGGUCCAGAAACUGUACGGCCACGGCUUUGAGAUGUUCUGUCUCGCAUCUGACAGUGCCAGGACGGUGGUGGCAUCCGCAUGCAAGGCAUCUAAAGCCGAGCAUGCAGCAGUACUGCUGUGGAGUACGGCUACGUGGCGUCAGGUGCAGACGCUUCCGUGCCACAACCUCACUGUCACCCAGAUGGCCUUCUCACCUGACACGCAGUUCCUGUUAUCCGUUUCUCGCGACCGCACCUGGUCUUUAUGGAGACGGAACCCGGCCACAUCCGAGAGUCCAGAGCCGCAGUUCACGCUACACGCACACACAGGGAAGGAUACAGCCAUACACAGCCGGAUCAUCUGGUCAUGUGACUGGAGCCCCGACAGUAAAUACUUUGUGACAUCCAGUCGGGACAAGAAGGUGAUAGUGUGGGGCCCGUGCAGAUUAGAGGACACUGAAGACUCUGUGCUUCCUCCUGAGAUUAAACCCUGUUCCUCCAUCUUGGAUGUGGGUGAUUCUGCGACCGCUGUAGCUUUCUGCCCUGUGCUCUGCUCUAAUAACAGCUACCUGCUCUCAGUUGGCUUGGAGUGUGGCAGAAUCCUGCUGUACAGAUGGAGCCCUGGCCAGGAGCCUACUGGAGGGCACGACUGGAGCAGCUGUGGAGAAACGGACACCUUACAAAGCCAUGCUUUGGCAGUCAAGAGGCUCCGCUGGAGGCCUAGGGCCGGCCGAGCAGGUCGAGAGAACAACAAGAAGGAUGGACAGACUGACACAGGGAGUGAAACUGAGGAAGAGAGCUCCUGGGUCCAGCUUGCCAGUGCCAGCGCCGACCACUCUGUCAAAAUCUUCAACAUCAACAAACUGGCUCUUUAGCACCACCAACACUGACACUAUUAUGUCCCUUACACACAGAGAGACACUUGGACUGAGGGCCACAGGCCUGACUGGGGCACCAAGGCCACAGCUGCUCGCUGGCAAGCCAUUCACUCUGUGUGACAGCCAGUUAAGUCAUGGGUCAGUCGCAGGACAAACCCACAGCACACAUGCCCCGCAGUCUGUCUGCGCACAGCUGAAUGGAUUUGAUGGGUGGAAGCAAGAUGGUGAAAACACCAUAACCUUAGGGUGGUAUUUUGCUGAGACACUUCCAUGUGUUUUAGGUUCAGAGAAGAAGACACCACUGGACUGGAGAUCACAUAUUUACGCAAGUAAACAUCUAUAUGGUGAACUGUAUGUUUAAAGCAACAAAACAAGAAAGGAUCAGGUCAGUAUGAUCAUGGUAUUCUCUCUGGCUGGUUAGCAUAUCAUUAAUCACACAGCUUAUAUGGUUUUUAUUCGUUUUAUGACCAAUUAAUUAAAUGUUUUCUGUAUCUACAA